AUGCGCCUUUCUACUAUCUUAUGGUCCUCUGCCAUUCUUGCCGGCGGCAGUCUGGCACAGAACAUCGAGCAGGGGUCCUUUGAAGAUGCUCAGAACUGCUUGGCGAGGAUCCAGGAGGCGGAGCAGGCCCUGGACUCGGCUAUCGUGAGCCUCAACGCCAACUCAGCCGACGCGGCGACGCAAUUCCCGCAGGCCCUGCAGAGCGUCGAGACCGCCAUGAACCAAGCCAUCAUCAUCAUGCAGGGCACCCAGCCCCUAACCGCCCAGCAGGCCCAAGUCCUCCUCGGCUCCGUCAACAGCUUCUCCUACUCCGUGAGGGCGGCCUCCAUGUCCCUGGUGCUCCAGCAGCCCACCCUCAACCAGCUCAACCUCGUCCCCAUCGGCGUUCAAUCCCUGACAGCCCAGAGGGUAGCCGUCGGGCAGCUCGGCCAGGUCGUUUUGACCAAGGUCGGCCCCGCUGUAGUCCAACCCUUCCAGGUUGGGUUCGGCCACGCUCUGACCGCCUUCGAUGUCGGCCUCGCCCAGCUCAACGGCGGCGGCGUCGUCGCCGUGCAGCUCAUCCAGACUGGCCAGAUCCCCAUCCACGGCCUGGCUGUCAUCCAGCAGCAGUGCGCCGCCAUCGGUUUCGUCCCCAUCAAUGCCAUCAACGGGUUCAACGGCAUCGCCAUCCAGCAGCAGCAGCAGCUGGUCCAGGCCUGUGCCGCCGCCGGAUUCAUCUCCGUCAGGCAGGUCGGCCUCGGCAUACCGAACCAGCAGCAGAUCCUCCAACAGCAGUGCCUGAGCGCCGGUCUCAUCCAAACAAACUCCACUGUGCAAGUUGACGCGCAGCAGGCGCUCGCCCAGUGCCAGGCCAUUGGCUUCAUCCAGCAGGGUGGCCAGCAGCUGAUUCAAACAGGUGCUCAGGGCAUUGCAGUGAAUCAACUCGUGCAGCAGUGCGCCACCAUCGGUUUCUCCUUUGCUGGUGCGGCUGGUCAGCAGCAAUUUGUCGCUAACGCCCAGACGUGCGCGGCGCUCGGCCUCAUCUCGCAGAACCAAAACCAAAACCAAAACCAGAAUCAGGACAUCGUAGCUCAGUGUGCGAUUCUUGGCCUGCAGCCCGGCGCGAAUGUUAAUGCCAAUGCCACAGCCGUCGAAGGACAGCAGCAGCAACAACAGGAGCAGGAGCAGCAGCAAAACCAGGAGGCAGCAGCACAGCAGACCGAGGCAAUGAAGAAGGCGAAGCGACAAGAGGCACAGGAACAACAGGCCCAAACUCAAGAGCAACAGCAGCAGCAGCAGCAACAAGGAGAGGUCAGCAUCGCUGAAUGUCUCGCUCAGGGAUUCGUCCAAGUCAACGUCCAGAUUGAAAAUGCCGUCGAGAUCGCCUGGAACCCCUCAUCUGAGCAAGCAUUAAAGGUCCAGGCUUAUGAAUUUCUCAACCAAAUCCGGAACGAACCCCAGGCCUGGCAGGCAUGCAUCAACCUCUUCGUACGGCAGUCCCCUCGCCCCUCUGAAGUCGUACGCCUCGUGUGCUUGGAAAUAGUCAACUCCGCCGUGCAUACCCAGGGCCUUGAUGGUGCCAGCCUGGCCUUCCUAAAAGAUACCCUCCUCGAGUACACCCGACGGGUCUACGGCCCGAACGCCUCGCCCGACCAGCUUGAUCAAGCUCACCUCCAGAACAAACUUUGCCAAACCUUGACCUAUCUGUUUGUGUUCCUUUACCAGGAUGGCUGGCAGACCUUUAUCGACGACUUUUUCGCCCUCACCGCCAAUUCGGACGGGUCCUCGAGAGACAAUGCUGCGGGCGUCGUCCUCUACCUUCGAAUCCUCGGGUCCAUCCACGAUGAAAUUGCCGACAUGCUUCUCUCCCGAAAUCAAAACGAUGCGAAACGAAAUGUCGACCUCAAAGACCAGAUAAGGGCUCAGGACAUGAAUAAGGUGGCCCAGUCAUGGAAAGAGCUGUUGGCCCAUUAUAGCCACCGGAAUGACCAAAUCGUGGACAUGAUCCUAAGGCUCGUAGGGAAGUGGGUUAGCUGGAUGGACAUCUCGUUGAUUGUGAAUGACGAAAUGAUGAGUCUCUUGCUCCCGCUCGUUGGCCGAGCCAACGAAUCGGGCUCGGAGGAUAAGGUCCGGGACGCCGCAAUUGAUGCCCUCACCGAGAUAACAGGGAAGAAAAUGAAAAACUCGGAUAAGAUGCAGCUCAUUAGUUUCCUCAACCUCCGCGAGAUUGUCACGCAGCUUGUAGCGAGCGCUCCGUUAAACGAGCUGAAGUCGACCCCUCGCUACGACACCGACCUCGCCGAAUCCGUCGCCAAGCUCACCAACACCAUCAUGGCCGAUGUCGUGAGGGUCUUGGAGGAUUCUCAAGUAGACCAAGAGACCAAAGCGUUAGCCGACCAACACCUUCACGAUUUCGUCCCCGCGCUCUUACGAUUCUUCUCCGACGAAUAUGACGAGGUGUGCUCGACUGUCAUUCCGUCUCUGACCGACCUCCUCACGGCGUUCCGCAAACUCUCGCCGCUUCCUCCGUCAUACUCGGAAAUGCUACCUCCCAUCCUAAAUGCCGUCAUAAUGAAGAUGAGAUACGACGAAACCUGCUCCUGGGGUGAACAAGAUGAUCAAACUGAUGAGGCAGAGUUCCAGGAGCUACGCAAAAGGCUGCAGGUGCUCCAAAAGACCGUUGCCGCCGUAGAUCAAAACCUAUUCAUCGACGCCAUCAGCAACCUCGUUGGCAACACCUUCCAGACACUUGAUCAGCGAGGCGCGCAAAUGGAUUGGCGGGACCUCGAUCUCGCUUUGCACGAGAUGUAUCUCUUUGGCGAGCUUGCGCUCCCGAACCAGGGGGCCCUUCCGAAGAACGAACGAGCGACCCCAGCUUCUGGAAGAUUAGCGGUCAUGGUGAAGAAGAUGGUUGAGUCGGGUAUUGCCUCAUUCAACCACCCGGCCGUCAUUCUACAGUACAUGGAGAUCUGCGUUCGGUACGCAGCAGUGUUCGAUGCUUAUCCUGAACAUAUAGGGCCCGUUCUGGAGAAUUUCGUCAGGCUAGUCCACCACGACCAUGUUCGGAUCAAGUCGAGAUCUUGGUAUCUCUUCUUCCGCUUCGUCAAGCAUAUGCGACCGCACGUAGGCAAUGUGGCAGAAACCGUGAUCCAGUCGAUCAGCGACCUUCUCCCGAUCAAGGCAGAAGCACCUGGGGAUGAGAAUGAUGAUGACAUGUCGUCGGAAGAGCAAGACAACUCCGAAGCGGCGCUAUUUACGAGCCAGCUCUACCUUUACCAGGCGAUUGGCUACAUUUCGUCCGCACCCAGCACCCCGGCAGAGAAGCAGGCUUUGUAUGUACGGUCUGUCAUGAACAACCUCUUUGCGGAUAUGGAAUCGCACCUACCGCGGGCCAAGUCGGGCGACGCACAGGCGCUCAACCAGAUUCACCACAUCGUCAUGGCUCUGGGAACCUUGGCCCAUGGGUUCUCAGAGGGUCUACCAUCUACGUCGUCAUCUGCGGCACCAGGCCAGACGCGGCGCCCCCUUCCAGAUAGAGCCAUCUCUGAAGAAUUUUCGCGGGCGGCGGAAGCCAUCUUGGUUGCCCUCGGAGAAUUCAACCAGACAUUUGACAUACGCACAGCGUGCCGGGCAGCCUUCUCGAGGCUCCUAGGUGUGCUCGGUGUCGCGGUGCUUCCACAACUUCCGCAAUGGAUCGAGGGCCUGCUCUCCCAGAGUUCGGGCAAGGACGAGAUGGCAUUUUUCCUGCGGAUUCUGGACCAGGUCGUCGGGCUCUCCGAACCGGCGACCGGCACAGAUGAUCAUAUCCAGCUUGGAGAGCUUCGUCGAGAAUACCUCUCCUUUAUCCUCGUAAUCCUGAACAACAAUCUCGAAGGCACUCUAGUAAGCGAGGUAAAUCAAGGAUUCUUUGAGUCCAUGAUUUCGUGCAUAAUCACGCUAGGGCGCUCCUUUGAGGGCAACGCGCAAUCGAGCAAGCUCGCCUUUGGGGUCAUGACGAGGAUGGCGGCCAUCUGGGGCGGGCCAGACCUGGCAACGAUCUCGGCUAACCCGACAGCGCCCGUGGGAACGCCAUCGCCCGCCAUACCUGGAUUCGAUCAGUUCAUGAUUGAAAGGUUCCAUAGCGUGUGCUGGGAGGUGAUGCAGGAUCCGCAGUUCAAGCCCGAAGAUGCGCAAACCAAGCAGGUCCUGACGGAAAUUGCCGCUCUUGAGCAAGCUAUCUACAAGAAGACGGGAGAUGUAUUCAUCCAAAACGUCCAGAACCAGCUCUUCCCUAGUCUCGGCAUUGAUGGGACCGAGUUCCUGCGGUCCCUAACCUCGACCGAUAAGAAGACUUUCUCAGGGUACCUUCACGGACUCAUCAAAAGCCGGCGUAGCUAG